AUGACUUCCACGACACCCCCAGAUGUCGCCGCCCACGCGGAAGCUCUAAUCCCCAGAUUCCAUCUGACCCGCCUCUUGAAUUCCGACCAAGCUGGCCGUCGCAUCUCCCUUCUGGGCACCAUAGACUCCAAACCCGGUCUCCUACUCGCUGAGCGCGCUGCCUUCGAUACGAACCCUGAAAUUCUGAACAGCUUCUCCACCUCGCUCCGUAACAUCAAGAACCUCGGUGCCAAUGACAUCUACGCGUGGUUCCUCGCAAACUCCAACCCUAGCGACGAGAACCCACCUCCGGACUUCAAAUUGAACCUAAUCUAUCCUUGUACAGAGAAGCACGUCAAGAAGUACGAGCAACAGCGCUUAAGGGUCGUCACCGAGACGCCAGAGAUUUACGAAAAGUAUGUGAGGCCGUACAUGCAGGCUCAGCGCGAAAAGGGCGCGUUGAACUGGGUAUUCAACAUCAUUGAGGGCCGGACUGAACAAGAGGAUGUUAUCUACCGUGAGUCGGGUGAGGAGGGCUUCUUGCUUUUGCCUGAUCUCAACUGGGACCGUAAGACGAUGGGCAGUCUGCACUUGCUCGGCAUCGUGGAGCGAAGGGAUAUCUGGAGUGUGAGGGACUUGAAGAAGAAUAUGACGGAAUGGGUGAAGCAUAUGCGGGAGAAGAUGCUUGAAGCAACUGUGAAGCUUUAUCCGGAGCUUGAGAGGGACGAGUUGAAGCUUUACGUGCACUAUCAACCGACAUACUAUCACUUCCACAUUCACAUCGUCCAUGUCUCGCUGGAAGCUGGCAGUACGCAAGCUACCGGGAAGGCAUUGGGUCUAGAGAACAUCAUCUCACAACUCGAAACCAUGGCUUCUUCUUCCUCAUCACCUCCAGGUAUGCAGGAUGUGAGCUUGACGUAUCAUCUUGGCGAGAGGAGUGAUCUAUGGGAGAAGGUGUAUCUACCGCUCAAGGAGGAACGAGAAGUCAAGGUGGAUGGCUUCUGA